AUGGGCCCCGCCCCUUCGGGGCCGAGGCCGCGGCCCUCCCACCCGGCCGGAGGGAGGGCGGAGUAUUCCCCCAGUUACAAGAGGCGCAGGACCGUGGAGGAUUUCAACAAAUUCUGCACCUUUGUCUUGGCCUAUGCAGGCUACAUCCCUUAUCCGAAAGAGGAACUCCCUUUGAGGAGCAGCCCCAGCCCCGCCAACAGCACUGCUGGUACCAUUGACAGUGAUGGCUGGGAUGCUGGUUUCACUGACAUCUCAUCCGCAGUGCCCUUGCCUGUCUCUGACCGCUGCUUUGGCCACCUGCAGCCCACCCUCCUGCAGCGAGCCAAGCCCAGCAACUUCCUGCUGGAUAGAAAGAAGACUGACAAGCUGAAGAAGAAGAAGAAGAGGAAGCGGAGGGACAGUGACGUGCCCGGGAAGGAGGGCUACAUGGGGGGCCUGCUGCAGCUGGAAGCCACCGACCCAUAUGGGGAGACCCCCACGAGCCCUGCCCUGCAGGAUAUCCCCCAGGCCCCUGGCGACCCCUGCUCGGGCUGGGACUCCGACACUCCUUCCAGUGGAUCUUGUGCCACGGUGUCACCCGAUCAGGUCAAAGAAAUAAAAACUGAAGGCAAACGGACUAUCGUCCGGCAGGGCAAGCAGGUGGUGUUCCGGGACGAGGACAGCACCGGCAACGACGAGGACAUAAUGGUGGACUCAGACGACGACUCCUGGGACCUCGUCACCUGCUUCUGCAUGAAGCCGUUUGCCGGCCGCCCCAUGAUAGAGUGUAAUGAGUGCCAUACUUGGAUUCACCUGUCCUGUGCAAAAAUCCGGAAGUCUAACGUUCCGGAAGUGUUUGUCUGCCAAAAGUGCCGGGACUCCAAGUUUGACAUCCGCCGUUCCAACCGGUCCCGAAUGGGCUCCCGGAAGCUGUUUCUGGACUGACUGCUGGAGAGUGAGGAGACUGUGGGUGAGGAACCGGAAGGGACACUGGGCCUCUUGGCCCCUCUCUUAGUUGAGCACAGAACUCUCAGCUCUGGUGCGGGCAGACCCCUGCCACACAGGUGCCUAAGUGAAAGGACAGGCUGUCCAAGGUAUAAACUGUACAUAGCCAGUGACUGAAUAAAAUCCUCGUUGGCCAAAGCUGCUGCUGGAGCUGUGUUCUCUGCAGUGGAGGUGGACUACACACCCGAGUGCAGUGGGUUUGGUCCAGCUGAAGGUGAGGGUACGUGGUAGUUGUGAAUUCUUGCUCUCAUUGUUAACAAACGCCCGCCGAUCGGAACAAGUGCUAGCUGUUGUUCCUGCUUCCGCUGUGUUGGGGAGAGAUGUUCUGCUUCCCCGGCCUGUUUAUGAACAGCCAUACGUGUAAGCUUCUUCUCGUGUGUGUCAGUCUUUUACCAUAAGUGUCUGUACAGCAGCCAUCAAAACUGCCCCUACCUUAGUGGUCCGCCCUCUCCCCGGCCUGGGGGGCUGCCGGCUGGAGUCCUGUGGUCUCACUCUGAGAGGAGUCCUGGGGUGGUGGGCUAGCUAGUGACCCCCCAUGUUUCCUUCUGUUCAUUAAAAGGGACAGUAUGCGGCCACUUCUCUGUGGCAAGGGGGUCAGAUUGGGGGAACGAAAGUGGCCCGUGUUCAUAACUCAGUUUCCUGUUUUGCACGAUGUAAAAAAACCUGUCUUUUUGCACGAAAUAGCCAAAAGUAUUGGCAGACUUCUGCCUGGGUCCCCUUUCUCUCCAUUUGGCUUCUGAGGGCCAGGGAGUGCCCGGCAAGCUGUUUCUAAGCGAGGGGGCACUUGGAUUCUCUCCUUGUCUCUCCGCCUCACUUCAUUCUGGUAGCAGCGUUAAAGGUUAGGCAAUCGCUGGGGAACAGUGUUCCUCUACAGAGCGGGGUAAGGGAAAAUUGGGGGGAAGGCCUCUCCCAUGGGUUCUUAGUGUGCCCCUCAUACAGGCUGGCCUGCUGGUUCCACGGGGCAAGGUUAGGACUUUUGAAGCCUUUUUUUUUUGGUUUGAAUUGGUGAGUGAGUGACGUGGUAACAUUGGCCUCCAGGAAUUGAACUGUGCAGAGUUCCUUAGACCUUAACUAGGACCCUGGACUGGGCAGACCCCUGUGCAAGCCACCUCUGGGGAAGCCAGGGAGUGUGAAGCCCAUGCGGGCUUCUGCUCUGGGGCAGCAUAGCCCGGGACACUGGUGGUUCUGGGGCUGGAGGAGAGGGUGGGCUUCAGCUUUCUCCGAAAUUGACAUUGCUCUUUAGCAGUUCAAAUACUUGUUCUCAAAAAUGUUUUUUUUUGUAAAUCGAUGAGUGUGUUUUCAUAAACAUUGUUUCUUAUAAAGCAUGAGAAGGGAAGGAUGCCCAAGUUAGUCGUGUUUACAUGAAGAUGGCCCCCCAGUCUCCCUGCUGGGGGCUCUCCUGUGGUGCCCUCGUGCAGGGCUACGAGGCGGGCUUGGUCCACAGUUUCUCACUGAAGCACCGUGGCGGGUUGGACUGUACUUGACUAAUCAGAGCCUGUAUUUUGUCCUGGUGUCUUUCAUGCUUGACCAGCCAACUGCCUUUUUGUUUUGUUUUUAAUUCUGUUGCUUAUAUUAACACAAAAAUAGAGAGAAAUAGUUUCUGAAACCCAUUUUAUUGUGAAGAUCCCCAAGGGAGAAGUUCUGCUGUAGAGAAAAAUAGUAAGAAGCUGGCUUGAAACAACCUUCUCCCCAGACAACUGUCUGGCUCUCACUAGGGCAAACGUCCAGGAAAAGUUGGAGAGGAAUUUGCCAAAGAUCUGCCCCAUGACAUUGCCUGUCCAGUGUCUUUACCACCAGAGUAGCCAAAGUUUCAAAAUGUUUCUCUCUUUAAACAAAAAAAGAAAUUCACAAAGUUUUAGAAGUGCAUUUAAGAAUAGGUGUGAUUUUAGAGUGGAACUGCCUGCCAACACUGGCAAUUGCCCUGUUGCUCUUAGAAGGUUCAGUGCCUGGUGGAAGUUCCCGGUGGUGGUUCAGUUCCGUCUCUGGAAGGCAUUUGAUACUCAUCUCGAUUUCUGUUUCCUUCAUUUCCUUUCUGUUUUUUUAACAGAUUUAUCCCUGUGGGUGGUGUCUAAGAAGUCAAGACACCUUGGUUUUUGUGUUAGAUUGAGCUGGGCAGCUGCAAUCAGCUUGAUGCAAAUUAGGCAUGGCCCGUCUAGGGGGUCCUGGUUGUUGGCUAAUGAUGUACGGGGAGGGAAAGGUGUUACCCCCAAAGUAGGCCCCUCCCAUUGGCUUUGGCCAGGCCAGACAAUUAACAUCGUUUACAUGGUUCUGUGUAAUUGUAAAGUUUAUGUGUAUAAAGCGAAGCUGUUUCUGUGAAACUGUAUAUUUUGUAAAUAAAUAUAUUGCUACUUUGAGGUU